GCCUUCUUUAGGUGCUUUUUAGGUGCUGUCUGUUGAUUGGGUAUGUGCUCAGUUCUGACAAAGGUGCUCAGUUCAUUUAUGUACGGAUAUAAACAACGGAACGCGCGCGUGAAACUGAACGCAACCGACUAAUUUGUGCGAAAAAUUACGGACCCUUUGGCUUGUUGCAGGGAUCGUGCUGAAGCUCGGUCGGUGUUUCUCUGCAAUCCCGGAUGAACGCAUUGCUCGAACCGGCACAUCUGCAAUCCCGGAACCGCGGAAACCGGCAAGCGAUAGGCACAGCGAAAUGCGGUUAAGCGAAAGGAAUACAAUUCGGACGAAGUAAACGGUAUUCUACUACCCAGCACAUAGUCCUGGUACAGCUGCAAGUUUACGAGAAUACGGGUUUUUAUUGAAAAAUCAUCACUAUCACACUUGUUUGGCAUAGCAACGCUUGGAUGAUGGGGCUCAGCGACACACAUAAAAGCAAACCAACCACGCACGCCGAGCUCACACAACACCACCCCGACACACUGGACGGUGCGUCGUCGACGGUGCGCGAGAGGCGAAGAGGUAAACCGAAAGCAACCAUUAGAAAGCUAGCCGCCAGAUCGGAGGAUCCUGGCCGCAAACUAUCGUUCCCGUACUGCCGCCUGUUGGCGAGCAUCAUCACACUGUGCGUCGCUUCCGGCAGCGUGGCAUUGCUGCUGUGCUCUCCGGCACUGCGCCAGGAACUGGUGGACAAUUAUCACGAAGCGUUCGAUCGGCUAACGAGCGAAUCGAGCAAACUGUGCAGCGACCGGCAGGCAACCGAUUUCGGCGCAAUGUCUACCGUGCUCGGGGAGGCGCUGGUCGGGCAGACCGAGGCGCACCGGGCGAUACGGCGCUGGUUCCAGCAGAAACAUACCGAUCCCUGCCGGUUCCUGGUGCUCCAGGGUAGCACCGGCACCGGCAAAAGCCUCGCCGCGAGUGUCAUCGUGCACCAGUACCCUUGGCCGGAGAAAGUGUUCCAUGUGAUGUGGAGGGAGCAAAGCUCAGCGGACGCCCAGUACGCCGCCUUCCAGUCAACCCUGGCCGAGAUGCGCCAGCAGGUGUUCUGGCACGGCAUCUGCGGGGACUAUCUGCUGGUGGUGGAUCAUUUGGGUGCCGGAGACGUGAAGCUGCUGGUGGAUGUUAGCGAACAGCUGCGUACCGCUGCCGAGCGGCUACGGAUCAAGCUGAAUGUGCUGCUAGCGUUUCGCGGUUCGCCCGUAAACCAGCCGGACACUAGCCAAUCGAUCGAGCAAGUGAUACCGAACGUGGAGAUUGUAAGGUUUAGCGCACUCGGAAGCGAUCAGCUGAACGACUGUAUACGGCGCGAAGGAAUGCGUUUGGGUUUUGCCGGGCAGCAAUUGGAAGAGGCUGUCGCCACCGUGGCCAAACAAAUUGAUGUCGUGCGGUACGGUUGUAAGCCGGUGAGGGCCAAAUUGAACCUAGCGUUGCCCAGUCUAGCGGGUGCGAUAGCGUAAUGGUUUUGUGCAAUAAAGACAUCAA